AUGGUGGCGGUGUCGCGAGUGGCCGGCGGGCUGCUCCGCUCCCUCGUCGCCGGCGUCUUCGGGGCGGCCGGGACGGUGCUCGGCUCCGUGUACGGCCUCCUGGCAGCCGCCUUCGUCGCGCAGGACGACGACGGCUUCUUGCGGGGGACCCUGGUGGGAGCGAUCGCCGGGGCGCUCGUCUCCGUCGACCUCGCACACUCGCUCCUGGCCAUAUGGUGCUGCUCCUCCGUGGACAUGCGAGUCAAACGCACCGUCAGCGCCAUCUCCGGACUGCCAGCUCUCGUCGACCCGCACUCCGGCCGCGGUGGUCGCGUCCUCUUCGAUCGGACCAGCUUCGGCUUCUCCCCGCCGGUGGCCGUCGUGGUGGCGGCCAAGGGAGCUGCGGUAGACGGCAGUUGCUGCCCGAUCUGCCUCCAGGAGUUCGAGGCCGGUGGCGAGAGUGCGGGAAGGCUCCCUGCCUGCUCCCACGUCUUCCACCUGGGGUGCAUCCGGAGAUGGCUCCUCUGCAAGUCCCACUGCCCCAUGUGCCGCCACGCCGUAAGCUAGUCCUUCUGUUGCACGAGGCAAAUUGGGAGCCAUAUGCAUAGCAUAGCCCGGCCUGCUUGCUAUGCUAAAUGUCUUGUGGCGCAACCUGUUUUCCCCUUUCGGAGAUCAAUGACCAGUGAUCACUUUUCAUU